AUGUUUCAACUAUAUUGCAUUUUGUUUGUGGUAUUAGCAUUCAUUGAAGGCGACUUGCUCGCGAGUGUUACUGACGAUAUACUCAAUUUCUUUUGUUGUCAAGGAGUCGACAGUGGUUUACGAGUACAGGAUACUCUUGCUGCUGCUGUUGAAUCUUUUGAACCAGAAAUUGUUAAAGAACCGACCAGCUUGUUGGCGCCAGCCUUUGCCAUCGCCAUCCCUGAAUUGGCCCUGUUGGCAGGACUGACGUUGGUUGUUUGCUGGAAAUUCAGAAGUCAUGGACGCCAAGUUCAUGAAUUGGAUGGAGUUCUAGAAGCAACAAGACACGACGGCGACGACUUUAGACCUGAAAGUACUCUGGAAUUGGAAGAUAGCGAGGCUGAACUCGCAACGGAUUUGAGCGAUAUGUCUACUAGACUGGAGGAUCUGCCAGAUCUGGAAGAACUAGAAGAUACUGACGACGACGAGUACCCAGAAACAGACACGAGCGAAUUGUCUAGACUGGAAGAUCGUCUAGAUCUGGAAGAAGUGGACGAUAGCGACGAUGGCCUGGAAACAGACAUGAGUGAAUUGUCUAGAUUGGAAGAUCAUCUAGAUCUGGAAGAUCUGGAAGAACUGGACGACAGUAAUGAUGGUCUGGAAACAGACACGAGCGAAUGGUCUAUACCGGAAGAUCGUUUAGAUCUGGAAGAACUGAACAAUAGUGACGAUGAACUAGAAACCUCUAGGCUGGAAGAUUGUCUAGAAGUGGAGAAUACUGAAGAUCUGGAACGUCUGUGGAAGGAGGCGAAAGAGGAGAUUAUUUCGCUACGGAAUCAGUUGGUGGAAAAGGACCUCAUGCUGAGACAAAAAGCAGAUCAGGAAGCAGGCAUGAAAAGUGAAAAUGAGAACCUGCUCCAUCAGAAUGAACAAAUCUUGGCUCAACAGCGAGACUUGGAGGACGAUCUGAAACGGGCUUCAUACGAAAGAGAGAAGAUGGAGAAGUCAAAUAAAGAACUGAGGGAUGAAGCAGCGUCUCUGGAGAAGAAAUGGCAAGAAGAAAGAAGAAUGAGGAGUCUCUCCCAGCAGAAGAUGGCCGCCAACGAGAGAGAAUUGGAGAAGGAAAUUAGCCAUCUGGAAGAUUUACUCGCAAAGAAAGCUAUAGAGUCCGAGAAGGCCCGAGAGAAACUGGCAACUCUGGAAGGUCAAAUGACGGCCAUCGAGGACACUGUAGCAGAACUGGAGAGCCAGAUGACGGACGUUACAGCAGACCAAGUUGCUCUCCGACAAAAACUGGAGCUCGAGGAAGUGGAAAACUCGAGACUCGAGAAGCUGGCUGCAGACUACGAAGCUCAGCUCCAAGCUUCACAGGAAAGCGCCGCUGCUGCCCUACGAGACAGAAACUGUGAGAUUGAGGAAACCCUGGCAAAUGAGAGGCGGAAAAACUCGAUACUGAAGAGUAAAGUAGAGUCGCUUGAGUCAGAAAUUCUCGAGCUGAAAGACAUUGAAGCUGCAAAGGAGAAAGAGUUGUGCGACAAUAAGAAGGAGAUCAAAGAGCUGAAAUGGCUCAAUGCCUCGAAAGCUAAGAAAUUGUCGGAGUGCGAUUGGAUCAUCCGAGAGCUGCAGACCCAACUGGCUAGGAAAAAUGAGGAGAUAGAGACCAUCGGCCUAGAGAACCAGGAGUUGCAGAGGAAGGUUGCGAACUGCGAGAAGGCAUUGGCAGAACACCAGAGGGAAACGCUGGAACCGAAAGACAUUCAUGUUUCGGAGGAAAGAUCUCUGUGCGAAGAUCAGGAGAUGACAGAACAGAAAAGGCUGAACGCCUUGCAAGCUGUUAAGUUAUCAGACAGCAAUUGGAUCAUCAGAGACCUGCAAAAACAACUGGCCAGGAAGAAUGAGGAGAUAGAGGCAUUAAGGCUAGAGAAUCAGGAGCUGCAGAGAUAUGCUGUGGACAAUGAGCAGGUGUUGGCUGCACUCCAGACUGAAAUUUUCGAAAAGAAACGCCGUAAAGUUGCCAAGGAGAAAGAACGGUUGUUAGAGAAAGAGAGAGCGAUUGAAGAACUGAAAAGGCUAAACGCCUCGAGAGCUGACAAAGUAUCAGACUCUGAUUGGAUCAUCCAAGAGUCACAGACACAACUGGAUAGGAAAAAAGAGGAGAUAGAUGCCAUAGGCCUAGAGAACCGGGAGCUACAGAUGAGGAAUGCUGUGGAUGACGAGCAGGCGUUGGCUGCACUCCGGGCUGAAAUUCUCGAAAAGAAAUGGCAUGAAGUUGCCAAGGAGAAAGAACGGUUCAAGAAAAAGAGAGAGAUUGAAGAACUGAAAAGGCUAAAUGCCUCGAGAGCAGACACAACUGGCUCAAAAAAUGAGGAGAUAGAUAGGCUCUUGCAUCGAAAUGAGAUAAAUGAAGAGGAAGUUGAACAGUCAAGCCAGGAAGUAGAGGAGAGCAUUGAAGAUAAGGGGCAGCUUAUCAACUGGCUUAUGUACUGA